UUUUUUUUUUUGAUAUUAGAUGAUGAACGAACAUAAAAUUCCCACGAUUCUUAUAAUAGGAGCAGGUCCAGGAGGGUUAACUUUAGCUCAUUCAAUUCAAAAAAAUCUUAAUUCAUUCGAAAAGAAAUUUAAUAUAAAAAUAUUUGAUCGGGAAAUAAGUCCAAAUGGUAAAUGGCAAGGAUAUCAUAUUACAUUAAAUAAUACAGGAGUGAAAUCAUUAUUUAAUUGUAUUCCAGAAUCAAUAUCAUCACGUCUUCAUGAAGUUGUAUUAGAUAAUAAAUUAGAACAUCAAGAACAUCAUAGUUCAUGUCUUUAUGAUCAUAAAGGAAAUGUUUUAUUUAAAACUCCAGGUUAUCAAGUUAAAAAUAUUUAUGAAUUUAAUAAAUUAAAUAAUAUGUUUACAUUAAUUGUAACUUUUAGAGAUAGAUUAAGAGAUUUAUUAUUAGAAGGUAUUGAUGUAAAAUGGGGUAAAAAAUGUAUUGGUUAUCAUGAAGAUGAUGAUAAUGUUUGGGCUAUUUUUGAUGAUGGAACUAGAGAAAGAGGUGAUUUAUUGAUAGGAGCUGAUGGUAUUCAUUCUCCAAUUCGAAAACAGAAAAUUCCUGAAUUGAAAAUAAAUCAUUUAGGAAUAACUCAAUGUUGUGCUGAUAUUACUCCAAAUAAAGAACUUAUGGAUCGUAUGUUAUCGAUAACUGGAAAUAGUCUUUGUCAAGUAACGAUGGGUCCUAAAGGAGAUUGUACAUUUUUAAUGUUUCGUUUAUUUCCUAUAGAUUCUAAUGAUAAUAAUAAUAAUGAAACAUCAUAUUAUAGAGUAUCAUUUGCUUAUUCUUAUCCUUCAGAAAAUCAUGAAAAAAAUGAUAAUUGGACUUAUAAAGAUGAUGAAUUACCAACAUCAAAAUUUCCUGAUGAUGAAAAUCCUGAAUUUGUUUUUAAUGAUAUUAAAAAAAGGAUUAAAGAAAAUAGACCUAAAGGAAAAUUAACUGAUAUUUUUUUAGAAUUUUGGGAUUUGGCUAAAUCAAGAAUUGAAAAUGAUCAUGAAAAUUGUUAUCCUUUAAGAAGAAGACCAUUAAGGGAUAUAGAUCCUGGAUCUGUUGAUCAAUGGGAAACUACAAGAGUUACUUUGUUAGGUGAUGCUAUUCAUGCUAUGAAUCCUUGGGUUGGAAUAGGAACAAAUAGUGCGAUUGAAGAUGCUGAAUUGCUUACUAACGCUUUGGCUAAUUGGAGUAAAGAUAAUUGGAAAGAACAUAUUAGAAAUUAUGAAUUGGGAUUAAGAGGUCGUGGAUCUUUUUACAUUGAUUUAACGAGGACAUCAUGUAUUAAAAAACAUCAAAUUUGUGAUGGUUUUUUAAGUAUAAUGAUUAGAAAUUUCAUGUUUAGAUUUAAUUAUGUAAUUGCAUAUAUUAAAUCUUGUUGGUAUGGUGAUGGUAGAAAACGUGAUCUUGUUAACAAAAACGAUUAAAUCAUGGUGGUAUGAGCGUAUGAGAACGUGGUAUGGAUGAUGGUAUGGUGGUAGUAGAGGACGUGAUCAUGUAAUUCAUGUUAGCAAAAAAUUACAAAUUAUAGGUAUGGUGAUAGAAAAGAACGUGGUAUGAUGAGGGUAUGGUGAUGGUAUAGAACGUGAUCAUGUUAGCACAAAUGAUUGAAAAACAAAUCAUAGGUAUGGAUUAUUUUAGCAAAAAAUACAAAUUAUGGGUAGAACGUCUCAUGAUGGUAAAGAACGUGCUAACGUUAACAAAAAAAUCACCAAUUAUGAGUAUGGCGAUGGAAAAGAACGUGAUGAUAUUAGUAAAAAAUAAAAAUUAUAUAUAUAAUGAUGUUAAUAUGUGCAAUUUAUAUUUAAAUUAUGUUACAAAUCAAUAAAAGUAAGCGUUAUUCUC